UGGCGCUGGUAGAAAAGUUUUUGUGGAAAUUUUGUGGGAAGAAUGGAUGUCAUCCGCCAUUAUGGACGGAGAAAAACGUUCUAAAAACUUGAAAUUGCACGUUGAUUUAGUGGUUGUUCCAGUGCUCAAAAACUUUCAAAAUGUCAUGGAUUAACAUCAAGGGAAUCCCUUGUCUCUCGAGGAACGAAAGUUCCCGUGUUAACGGGCUUUUAAACUCUUUCUUAGCCGUUUUUUCGGCUAGCCUCGUGUUCGAAGGGACUAGCUACCAUUGUGGCGAUGAGUAAGUUGUCGUUUAGGGCUAGGGCGCUGGACGCCUCUAAGCCUAUGCCCAUAUAUUAUAUGGACGAUGUGCCCGAGUUUCAAGAUUUUGCAACAAUUAAUCGGGCUGUUCCUCAAAUGCCCACUGGAAUGGAAAAAGAGGAAGAAUGCGAACAUCAUUUGCAAAGGGCCAUUUCAGCACAACAAGCAUAUGGGCAUACAGGGGAACUUGUCAUACCAACUCCGGAAGUAUACAAUGUACCGAAACCAGUUAAAGAUGAGCUAUAUCCUGCAACUUACAAAAGUUCACGACAACUUAUUCAUGUUCAACCUUUCUCCAUGGACCAAGACAUACCAGAUUAUGAUAUGGACUCGGAAGAUGAGAAAUGGUUGUCUCAACAAGCUGAAAGGUUGGACAUAAAGCCUUUGCAAUAUGAGGAAAUGAUGGACCGUUUGGAAAAAAGCAGUGGACAGCAAGUCGUUACACUGAAAGAAGCCAAGCUUCUUUUAAGAGACGAUGAUGACAUCAUUAUUGCAGUCUAUGAUUAUUGGCUAAAUAAAAGACUUAAAACUCAACAUCCACUCAUACCUACAGUCAAAACGGAAAAAAGAGAUGGUUCAACAAACAACAAUCCUUAUGUUGCAUUCAGGCGGAGAACAGAAAAGAUGCAAACACGAAAGAAUCGAAAAAAUGAUGAAGCUUCCUAUGAGAAGAUGUUAAAAUUACGCAGAGACCUUAGUAGAGCUGUCACGUUACUUGAAUAUGUUAAAAGGCGUGAGAAAACAAAAAGGGAACUGCUUAAUCUUACAAUAGAGGUUUUUGAAAAGAGCCUCAUUUGGACAGUCUGGGGAACUGGCCAUGGUGUAGUUCUGAAGAAGGUGGAUUAGAAGAUAAGAGGUAUAGGUAUUGUUUAACAUCUGUACCUGAUUCAAAUAAUCGGCCAACUUACAUCGGCUUUGCAAGGCGAAGAAUAGGUCGAGGAGGAAGGAUCGUGAUGGAUCGAGCUUGGACACCAUUAGAUGACCAUUUAUCCGAGCUGGACAGCAUAGAUUUCUCAACUCCAAAUGGUAUGCCUUCCAGUAACGACUUAGUGUCUGAGAUAAGGAAUGAAUGGAAAAUCUUCCGGCCAAAGAAACCUCCCUCAUCUCAUGAUGAAAACGAAAAUCAAAGCAAUGGCAGCAGUGCUUCCUCUGUUUUCAAUAGGUGUAAAAGUGAGAGCUCAACGAGCAGGUCCCAUUUUAACGAAAACUCUAUGUCAGAUUAUUUUAGGAACUACCUAGACCAAGACGAUGAACUCUUUAAAAUACAAAGAAAACAGUUGGAGAGGCUGAAAAACGACUCCUCUGAACCAGUGCUAAUGCUAGUUUCUGAUCAUUCCUAUUCAUCACUCCCCUCAUCAUGCUUCAAUGUAGCUUCAGCGUCUAAUAAAUCUCCCGCUCAAUAUCAUAGUGUGUCUGCAGAAUUGAUUGAUGAUACCCCUACACUCACUUCUAUUCCAACUACUAUCUCAUUUUUGCAACAAAUUGAUACCUCUAGUAUUACACCUUCAAUCGACAGAGUGAUACUGACAAAUGGACCUGUUGUUGACAAAGGAGAUGGUAACAUCAACGAUUGCAUCUCAUCAUCAGAAAGGCAUAGAAAGGAGAUUUUAAGCCCAAGCUUAGAAUCUGUUUCCACCCUUCCUCAAAAUUCAAUCCAAAAUGUAAACUCCUGUUUACCGUCCAUUGAUGUUGGAGGUGGAGCUGCAAGCCAUUCUAGUGACAAUAUCCAUGUGAUAAAUUCUAAAACCUUUAGCUCUUCUCCGCAGACAGCUCUAAGGUUCACCAACUUUGAACAAAAUGGAAAUGAAUCCAGGCUUAAGCAAGAAUUAUUCCUAAAUAAAGUGAAAGUAGACAAGGUGACUAGUGAUAGUGGUGUCUCCAUGGAUGUGACAUGACACUUAGUUAGCUUGUCUAAAAUGGAUAAAGUUAUGGUUCGUGGUGAAGUUUCGUGUACUAUUUCGUCAAACACGUCUAGAAACUGCUAGCUCUCCUUCCUCUUCACGUUCGAUGCUUCACAAUGUGGUUGGAACAUAAAUUUCUAGAACACUGCUCAGGAUUCUCACACAACUACUACAUCCAACACGUGUCAAUCUAUCAAGAAGGGAAAAAAAAUAAUAAAAACUACUACUUGUAUCAUUGUAAUAUCUAGAAACAUGUUUGUUUAGCUAUACAGAUCUGUGGCUUGUGUAUAUGUAAAUAAGUGUAUCUAUGUAAAUAAAAUCUUGUUUUAAAUUUCCAUCACUUUCUAAGAGUGGUGCCUUUUGUGAUAUUUGUGGAUGUAUGAUACAAAAAAAGGACCUUGAUUUAAAUUAAUUUGUGUACAGUUUUGUAAAUAGUCGUACUUGUCAGUCUUUGGGUAUUUCAGACCAAUUGUUGCAAAGCUGGAUUUCCAGUUUACUGCUUUUGUAGAGUGAGACCAUUUAAUCAAUAGACGCGUUUGAAUUUCAUUUGAACAUAUCGUUAUUUAUCUUUUCAUACUUUGGUGUCUUUAAUCAAGUUUUAAAAACGUUCCGGUGUUAUUCUUAUUUGCCAAAUAUUAUUGCCAAUGUAGAAUAUUUUUUAAUGUACCUUAAGUUAAAUUUAUUUUAAUAAAUUUAAGUAUUUUUUGUUAUGUAUUCUAACAAUCUUUUUCUGUCUCUUUCUUUUUUGUACCAUUCACAAAUUGCAUAUUUUCUAUUACAUAACUCUGUGUAUUAGGCUUCUAGAAAUAUAAUUCCAGGUUAGCAUUUUUUGUUAUGCAAGUAGUAUUGUUUGCUUUUGAGGUUUUUUAUAUAUUAAUACAUCUAUUGAGUAAGUCUAUCAAUUUAGAAUGUCUUUUUAUAGUACAUUUAUAUUUAUGUAUACAAGAACCAAAUUUUAUUCACUGUAUAUCCUGGUUGAUUUUUUGAACCUCCAAAAAAAAUUUUGGAAAUCAGUGGAGCAACUUAUACGCAAUCCAUGCAUUAUAAACAAUUUUAAAAGAUACAAGUAACUCUAUCAAUUUACUCCUUUCAAAAGCUAUUUUUUAUGUAUGCAAUUUUAUAUUUUUCUCAUCUUUCUUUACGUAUGAAAGUUUUUUUUAAGAAACAAUAUUUUAAAUUACACUCAGAACAAGAAAAGUUAAGAAUUUAAUCAAUAUUAUACAGUAUAAAUAUUUUAAACUUGUGAAAAUGUAUGUUUUUUUUUUUAUUUCAAAAAAAAAAUUUUUUUUUAGUGAUUUACUUAUAAACACAACAUACUAAAAAUUUGCUAUCUCGUAAUCGAACACCGGGGUAUAUGGUCCAUAUUUUAAUUAUAUUAUGUUGAAUAUUACCUCUUUUCUAUGGUAGUUGAAAAGUUUUGCUUAAGUAAAUAAUUAUUGCUAAAAUAAUAUUCAGAAUCCCAAUUAAAAUUGCAACAAAUCUGUAUUUAUCUGUACUAAGACAUAUUUGUACCGUGUAACAUGUUAUUCCUUCUAUGCCCUGCUUUUGAACUGUUGACUUUUAUAAAUAAGGUGUUCUAGAUUAUUUAAAUGAUCUGUUAAUUUUUUAGAAAAAGAGCCCUGUUGCUCUUAAAUUUAAAGUUCUUCUGUUAUAGUAGUGAUUUUAUUGCUAUUUUUUUUUUUAAUUGCAAUAGUGAUUUGGUGUUAUAGCAUAACUUCAAAAGCAUUAUAAAUAAUUGUGAGUUAUAAGUUUUAUUCAAUGUUACACCUAUAUUAUAUAUUUUAUUUUGUAAAGCUCAAUUUGAUUAUAUACUCAUAUAAUUUACAAACUCAUUUUUGAUCAAACCAUAAUGAAAGUGUUCUGUUAAAAGUUUUUUAUAACUUAGUGGUAAUUUUUAUAUUAACUUUUCGUGUACAGUUUUUUUCUAAAUUUCCAGCUGUCUUAUUGGAUAUUUUUCCAGUUUAGAAUACAAAAAUCUAAUUGAUUUUCGAAUAUUAUGAUUUUGAUAAUUUCUUUGUUCUUUUACUUAUGCUUACCUACCUAAAUACAUGCCCAUAUAUCAUUUUUAUAAAGCCCAUUUCAUCAUUUGUGUAAUUUGCAUUAAUCGGUCUUUUCAUGCACAUCUAUAGCUUUAAAAUUCUUGCUUAUAAGUCCAGUCUCUUGAUCUAUAAAUUUUGUCACUAAGCUCUUGCUUAUAUGUCCUCUUCAUUAAUUUUGAAUUUUUUUAGAUUAAGUGUGUACAUUGUUGUGCAAGACUUAAAGUUCUAUGUAUGGUGUGUGAGAAUUACCUAUAAUCGGUAAUAGUGUGUUAAAAACUUCAACAGAGCAGCUCACAUAUAUUGUAUAUUUUGUAUUUUUGUAAGUUAUGUAUAUAGUUUUUUUUAUAAAAAAAAACAAUUAAGAUUGCCCUGUAUAAAAGAAAACCUUGUAAAUAACUAGCCUUGCAUUUGUUUUUAAAUCUUUUAGUAAAUAAUAAGCAAUCUAGGAUGGAUAUGAUAAGUCCCCUUGCUAGUGUUGUACAAGUAAAAUAUUUGUGAUACUUAAUUUUUUUUUCCUUCUCUGUUCCACCUUUUCUGUAAUUUAUCAACCCUUGUGCAAAAUCAGUACAAUUCAGAUGUAUCAGAUCUAAAGGUGCUACAUAUUUCAUUAGCUGUUUUCGUGAAUUAAAAUAACUACGAAAUAAAUAAGUGUCACAUAAGUAAUCAAUGUUUUCACGUGUAAUUUCCAUUAGUUCAAUAUUCAUUCAAAAAAAGCUACAAUACAUUGAGUACUUAGCCUGGCACCGAUUUUCUUGUAGUUCAUGUGGUAGAUGUUUUACUCUUUGUUGUAAUUAACUGGAGAAUUUCAGGGAAUGUGUGCAAUUCGUAAAUACUUUUCUGUGAUUGAUGUGUGGCUAAGUGCAGAUUCCCUCUAAUUGUCUACAACCAAAAGAUUUUAAUUACUGUCUGAAAUCUCGAAAGUGUUUGUUUUAUAAUUGUUCUGAAAUUUUAGAUCUCUUUAUACUCUGAAAUAUAGUGAAACCUCAGUGGCUAAUUUCACCUGGUCUGUUUAAUUCAUGUGUACAAAGUAUUGCACUAACUAGCAUUAGCUCCAAGAUGAGUUGCAGGUGCGAAUUUGUGCUGUGUGAACCUGCUUGGAGCAUGCUAUACCUUAUAUUGAUCCCAUUGGUAUUCUAAGCAACAUUCAAACAGUUCCCCCCCUCUCAAAUUUCAGUAUGCGAGAUAUUACAGCAAAAAACUCAUCUGCAUAACGACUGAGAAUUAAUCUUUUUAUGUGUGUGACUUAUGUUUUGUUGGUGAAAUCGGUUGCUUAAGUUUUGUUAAACGGAUCUAAAAAUUAGUGUUUUGUUGUUUCACUCAUUUUUCCUGUAUCAUUAGUGAAGUUUGUUUAGAUAGUUCAUUUCUAAUGUUGCCUCUAUAAUCCAAUAAUUUUAAUUUUUGAAGUAGGUCUCAGUUAUUUCAGAAAAUUGCUGUUCUGCUGCAUUCUCUAGGUUUAUACAGCAAAGGAAUAUUACUAUCUAGUAAAUGAAUUUCAAAAUAUUUUGAUAGCUAUUUCAUAGAAAAACGUAAGUCUUUAAAAAAUUAUAUAAAAAAAAUACUGUAACACUAUUAAAUAAUUUAGAUUUAAGAAUUUUUUAAUUGCUGCAGAAAAUUGAGAUUCUACUGUAUUCAAUAAAUAGCUAUGGUUCUUAUUUAUAAAUUUAAUUUUUACUAGUGCACUGUUGUACUACAAACUUAAUUUCAUUUAGGCAUACUUCAUUAAUUUUUUUUUAUUAAAUAGCUUUUAAAAAUUUUUCCAAUAGAUGCUAUUGUUUAAUUAGACAACAAUUCAGUCUUGUUAUUCUGAGUCAAUUUUCUCUAAAGGUAAACUACUGAGGUUUCAUUAUUUAAAAACAAAAAAAAAAUUCUUUUUGAUCUUGUCUUUAUUUUUUAAUCAUGCUCUGAACUAAAAAUAAAAUUUAUAUUGGCUAAAAUAUAUUCAGAAAGUUUUGUUUUCCUUCAUCCAUUAUCGUUGUUUUUGUUCGUUAACCAUUCUUUAAACUAUUCUCAUAUUACUGUGAUAAACUAAAUUCAUAUUCAUAUAACAAUUAUUUAUGUGUAAAAACUUAAAAUUUCUAUGAACAUUUUCUUUUAUGUGUAUGUUAUGUUUCAAGCUCAGUUUCAAAACCAUCGUCAAAAUUUUAUAACGUGAUUGAAUUUAGUUGGAUGUUUUUAAAGUUAAGUUGGUUAUGGUUUAGGACAAUUUUUUUCCCUUUUGUAUUAUUUCAUGUUUUUAAUUCAAUUGCCUCUUUAUAUGCGAAGUUAAUUUUUAAUUUCUUUUGUUAAAAAAAGAAAGUUGGUAUUAGCUAAGUUUUUUUUCCCUUCGCCUUUUUCAGCAUCUAGACUUAUAGAAAAUAAGUUGUUUUAAGCAGAAUACUUGAGAGUUAAGAGAAUAGGAAUUUAUCAGCUAUUAAUUAUGUGAAUUGAAAUAAGUUUUUUUAUUUUUCAUUUAUCUAUUUUAAGAAGCAGAUUAAUAUGGUUUUGAAAAAAAAAAAUUCUGUUCGAUGAUAUAAAUGUGGCAGUAGUAUUUCCAAUGUCUCCUUACACUAAGGUUAGUCCUAAGAAUUCUUUAGAUUUGGCUUACUAUAUAAAACUAGUUUUAAAAAAUUUAUCACACUGGUCUAUUUGCAUUUACGUUUAAGAAUAUAUAUCACAAAAUACAUGAACCAUUGAUAAAUAAACAAACAUGUUCUAUCAAUCGAUCAUAACUUGUAAUUAAGCAAAAGAAAUAUUUAUGAAGAAAAAAAAAGUUCCUUAGGAUCUUUCCUAGCUGUAAAGAAAAGCGUGUGUUUUAAGUAUUUUUCGCUGUUAUAGUAAAAAUUGUUUAGUGGAUUUUCUAGCUACCUGCUUAUGAAAAGUGAGUGCUCCUCUUUUCUGUUGAGGCAAAAUCUAAUUGCUGUCCACAUAGAUUUUUUAAAUAUUUGUGUGAAAUUCGUGUGGUACAUUGAAAGAGGAUGUGGUAUAGCUAAAUAACAGGAAUUUUGCUGUUAAAUCUUUUUCUUCAAUGGGCUCUAAUCCCUCAUGAAUUUUUAACUCUACUUUUUAAUGUUCUCUGUACUGAAUACAUUGUGAAGCAUCUGUUGUAUUUUUCCUUUGUGGAGGAUUGAAGACUGAUUCUACAGGUAUCCUGUGUUGUGAAGAACCUCGCUGUUGCAUGUUGUAUGAGCAACUUGGCAUAUUGCGAGGCUCUGCUGUAAAUGUUUUGUAUUUACUUAUAAAAAGAGAAAAAAAAUUGCUGACUGUAUCAUUGUAAAUAGCACUAUAGAAAUCGCAUGCAAUUAAAACCAUCAGUUUGAUUGAAAACUUA